CAGAAAAGCUUUCCGUGUUGAGGUUCUCUCCUGUCCCGUUGAAAGAUUCUAAAAUCCCAUUCCCCUUCCCAAUAACAACUAAUUUGGACAAACAAACGGAUCUUUCCUUUCUUUCCUUCCAUUUCCAUCGUUCUUCCAUCCUCUCUCAUCCACUAUUCCGUAUACCAACCCCCACCCCCCCAGUUUUUGUUUGGAUCCAAUAAUUUCUAAAAAUUUUCCUUACUCUUCUUGUCUAUCAGCUUUUGAAACCUCCGCUCGCGGUUUUAGAACAAUAAUUACUGGUCUAUUCAGGAUCGGGGCUUUGGUGCUUUGAAGCAACCAGGUAAAUUGUAGCUAUGCAGAGCCAGCUUGUGUGUAGUGGGUGUAGAAGCAUUCUUCUGUAUCCUGGAGGAGCCAGUAAUGUUUGCUGUGCAUUAUGCAAUGCAAUAACCUCAGUCCCUCCACCUGGGAUGGAAAUGACUCAACUUAUAUGUGGAGGUUGCCGGACGCUGCUAAUGUAUACACGCGGGGCAACGAGUGUGAGAUGCUCUUGCUGCCACACAGUGAACCUUGCGCCAGUAUCCAGCCCGGUUGCCCAUGUCAGUUGUGGGAAUUGCCGGACAACACUCAUGUAUCCCUACGGAGCUCCAUCUGUUAAAUGCGCAGUCUGUCAUUAUGUCACUAAUGUUGGAAUUUCCAAUACCAGGGUACCCAUUCCUGUGCACAGACCAAAUGGGACAGCCAAUUCUGGAACACUGGCCUUCAGUUCAACCAGCCAAACUGUGGUUGUCGAGAAUCCGAUGACUGUUGACGAAAGUGGCAAACUGGUGAGCAAUGUUGUUGUUGGGGUCACAACAGACAAAAAGUAAUUCAAUGGCAUUCAGAGAACCAUUGCUAUCGGUUUUAUUUUGUUACUAUCCAAAAUCCAUAUUUCAAAUCACUUGGAAGAUGGACAUGGAAAUUAUUUGUGUAUAUGUUGGGGACUGCCAUGAAUGACAUUAAUUUGAGAAAAUAAUUCCAAUAUAAGGCUCCCAAGAACUUAUACGUGUGUCUGGUGUACAUUAAGAGAGGAUUAGAAGAGUGAAAAGGUCGCUGGACUAGUGCUUGCAUACUGAACAAUUUUUAUUUAUUGGCCAAGUUUAGCUGAGUGAAUAUGAUCUUGAUGUAUAUGUAUCUUCUUCAGAUCCAAAAUAACGUAUAAAACUGCUAGCUUUCUGACU